AUGUUCAAAGAAUUAUCACCAAGUCAUGAGAAUAUAAAAUGUUUAAGUGUAACAAAUAAUAAUGAAAAGAAAGUAUUUAUUCCUUGCGAUAAUUUAUUAAACAACAAAUUAAUUAAAUCAAAUAAAACGCCAGAAGAAUGUAAGAAUUUAAUAAAACAAAAGGAACAGUCCAAUGUUCAAGGAUGUCAUGAAAUGAAUUGUCGUCAAUAUAGUGAAAAUAAUGAAAGUUAUGUUUGCUGUUGUUGUUGUUGUGAAACAGGUAGACAAAUAAGUCAAUUUGAAAUCAAUCAAAAAGUCAAACAUUCUUGGAGUAAUAGUAAUAAUAAUAAUAAUGUACCAAAAGUGUUAAGCAAUAUUGAACAUAUUGAAAAGUAUGGCACUAAAUUAUGUGAAAUUUUAAGAUUUGAUAGUACUCCAGGAAGUUUACACGAAAGUAAUGUCAACAAUAAGAACAUAAAUUCAAUUGUUCAAAGUUCAUCUACUGUUGGUGAUGUUAGAGAUUCUCUACUAGGUUGUCCAUCAUCAUCAUCAUCAUCAACGUCGACGUCAUACUGUAAUAGUUGUACACUAAGAUCACCAAAUUUAAACUCUGAAAAUUCAUCUAUCCAAUCACAAAUCAUGUAUUUGAAAUGUUGUGAUCAUAUAUCGUGUUGGUGUACUCUUCAAGGGAAUAUAGAGUCGAAAGACUCAAAAAAUGAUAAAUUGUGCAUAAUAGAUACAACAACUAGAAUAAAUGAUACCACGAAACGUUAUAUAACAGAGAUUAGAAUGAAUUUACGUGGUGGUAGGUUAUCCUCAGCGCAUAGUGAGUAUUGUGAAUCCCAGCAACCGGAUGAAAGUAUACAUGAGCAAUUAUCAUGUGUACGAGCUGUACCAUGUAAGGCAAUCAGUAGAGAAUUAUUGAAUCGAGUGAAUAGUAAUCAUUCUUGUGAAGAGUUCAUUAAUGAAAAGAUAGUGACUGUAUAUAAAAAUGAUUUUGCCAUGUACUCCUUUGAUAACAAUCAAGAUAAAAUACAAAGUUAUGGUGAUGAUGAUGAUGAAGGUGUUCAACCUUCGUUGUCAGACAAUCAAUUGAGCUUUAUUCAACCACCAAAAUGUGAUUCGAUCAAUACAAUCAACUCUUCGGAGAAGUUACCAAACAAUGAGGGUAUUGGUGAUAAAAUAACAAGGAUAAGUAAUCAUAGGGAACUAGUGAAUCAGAAAUUAUUUGAUUGUGUAGAGAUUGAUUCAAGUUAUAAUUUUCUUGGGGAUACAAAAUACUGUGAAGCGGAUACUCAAUGUACUACUACUGAUAAUGAAAUACAAGGGAUAACAUUGAGAAAUCAAUCGAUUAUGCAAAAGCCUACAAGGCAGUUGAUAUCUACAAAUAUGGAAAAUGAAGUAGUAGCUUACGAUUCACAGAAUGCCUUCACUAAUCUCAGUGAAAGUAACACAGAUUGUAUACUAGAUGAAAUAUCUUUGUCUAAUAUGAAGCAGUUAGUACAUCAACACCCUGAAACAUUGUCAAAUCAUGAGGGGGAUAUUGGUGUCAGUCUUGAAGGACAAGCAUGCCAAUUAGAUGAAAUAUCUUUGAUGAAAAGUAUACAGACUUCUGAAUCAAUGUCAUCCAGUGAUGUCUAUCCCUAUCUUGGUAAAAAAUCAAGAGGUACACAAUCAGAUCUGCAGGAAACAUCAAAGAUAUUCAAGGAUAUUGAAAUACAGACAAGUUAUACAUCACAGGAGUUGAAACCUCCCUCUUGUCAGUUGAUAGAAAGUUCAGUGUCACUGGAAAAUGUUGAUAAACUGCCGAAAUUACCAUUGCCAACUGGUUUUCAAUAUCUGACAAAAGAAUUUGAACAUCGAAUGAAAGGCGAUUCCACGCAACCACGAUGUCUUGGAGGUAAUUCCACUAUACCAUUGACUAACAAUUCAACAAAUUUCACCUGUCUAACACAAAAAACCAACAUAACAACGACAAAUUCCUAUAUACCUAGAAUGCUUCAUCAAAGCGCCUACAGCAUGUUUGAUAAUAGUAGUAUACACAGCGGUAGUAGUAGAAGUAGAAGUAGUAUAUACAAUAACAAAACAAAAAACUCCUUCAGCUUUUGGAACAGACAUUCUCACUCAUGUCUACAACCAGAAGCAAAUAAAAGUGUCUAUAGUAUUAUACGACAAAAUAUGAAACGCCUAGUACACCCUAAAAAACAGUUGAAUACGCCUACAAUUGACAAAGGUAUGGGUGAUAGUUUAGAUGGACAAAAAAGGCAUAAAUUCGCUCCACAACACUCUGGUCUGAAAUCACCAUUUGAAUUAUCUGUAUGUCAGACAUAUCCUUCAUGUAGAAGUGAAAAGAACACACUGAUCAGUCACCUUGAUCAAACAAUACUCAAACAACCGAACAAUGAAGUUAUUGGAGUACAACAUAAUGAAAGCGGUUAUUACGACAGAGUGGUAUUUGUUGAAGGCACAACAACUCCAAAAUCUAAAGAUCUUGAACACAAUGAAACCAUAGAACAACAGAGUGUUUAUCUUUCAUUGUCAAUUAAAAAAACGCCGAAUCGAACUUGUCAUCCUGAUGAAAAUCACUUACAUAAUCAGGAUGAUAAGGAAUUAGUGAAGUGUGAUUCACAAAAUUCAUUAGAUACACUUACAGAAAGUAAAACUUGUGUAUGCAGUAGAUGUCAUCAAGUCAGAAAUGCAGUGAAAUCGAGGAAUUCUGAGGGCAAAAAGUCAAUUUCAUAUGAUAAUGUUUGUGAAGUCUCUUGUCAUGGGAACAAUAUUAGUAUGGAUCAAAUGAAAGGGAAAUGUACCAGAUCUGUGGAAAAUAUUCACUCUGAAAAAUCAACCUCUUCAGUGUGUUGUUCACGGUGUGAAAAGAAUCCGGCGUCGACAUCGUCCUCAUCCUCAUCAUCAUCGUCAUCAGAGUCACGUCAUCUACCGUCGAAUAUUAAGUCUACACAUGAUGCUGAAGCUGAAAGAUGUUUGAAUAAAUGUCAAACUAGUUGUAAGAAGCAUACGCGUCCGCGACACGAUGAUAAUGAUGUCAUAAACAAAGGUUCAUGUUCAAUUGCUUCUGAUAGUAAGGCGGUCAAUUCAAAGGGACGCGGAGAAAAAGAGAAACAGUCAUCUGAGGGGAAAUACGAUCUAACAACUUCACAAAUUAAUAAUCUAUUUCAAAUGAUCGAUCAAAAUGAUAAAUAUGAUAUCUUACAUAAAUGGCUGGUUGAACAAAUGGCUUAUUCACUGAAAAGAAACCCAGUAAGUAUGAAGUCCAAUAUGUCGAAAUGUACGAAAGAAUCUUUGCUUCAAUGCAAUGACUGUAAGGAUUACAAUUCAUCAUGUACUUGUUCAGAAUGUCAAGUAUCGAGAUUUCAUGAUGACGGCGAUGGGGAUAGACAUUUGUAUACAUCAAAGAAUACAUCAACAUCAACAUCCUCAUCCUCAUCAGAAUCUUUAUCAUCAACCAGAAUGUCUAAAAGACUCACCACUUCUAAGCAAAUGUUCCCUAUUUCAGAAAGUAAUGAACGUCAAAGACAGAGAGGCAUGUUUGUAGAAAAUCGUGUCGGCAGAGCUGUACAAUCAAAUAGUCUAGAGAAAUACUAUUCAUCAAGUGAGGAGAGGAAAAAUCAAGGAUGUAUUUCACCGCAUCAGUUGAGUAAUAUUUUACGAUCAAAUAGUGAAAAUAUUCUUAAUAUAAAUGAGCUAUACAACAAUACUAAGUGGAUAUACAAAGAGAUCCAACCACAGAAUAUACUUACUCAGUGUAGAUCAACUGUGUUGGCAAUACCAGAGAGAGGAAAGGAUUCAACGACAACAACAACAACAAAGGGAAGAACAACUUUUGAUAAAUCGAUAAUUAAUCGUUCCUAUUCCCUGGAGAGAAUUCAUAUGGAUAACACAAAUCCAACAAAUCCAAAGUGUGUUAAUAUUAAAGAGUUAGGUAAUACGCCUGUAAGAACAAUCAAUUCAUUAAAUCGUCAUGAUACCUACAAAAGCGUGAAUCGUAAACCCCCAGUACUCAAGUUGACUAAACAACAAACGAGUGAAACGACAGUGACGAAUAAUACUACUCCUGGCGCUAAUAUAAGUAAUACAUGUAAACGUUUAUCGUAUACUUCACAGAAUAAUAAACUUUCAAAAAAGCCAAUACCACAAACUUUAACCUCAACUUUAUCUAACAUAAAGUUGAACAGACCUUCUGACAACAGUAAAGACAAAUCCUCGACACGUCUUAAUGACGUGGAUACCCGGCAUCAAGAAAUAUUUGAAUUAAGUCCAUAUGAUGACCUAGUCAAGAGUUAUUUAAAUACAUCAGAUCGUAGAAUUAAAGCGAUUGCAACAAAAAAUAAUUGUGAAAUUCAAAUCAGUGGACCAUUCAAUAGACCAGAACGUUUAUCUUCUACAAAUGCCACUACCGGCGGUGGUGCUGGUAUUAUACAACGUGGAAAAAUUAAAUAUCAAUGUCAUAUAUAUGCAAUGAAUGAAAGAAAACUAGGACAAUGUGUAAAUUUUCUUAAAGAAACAUUUCCUAACUCUUUAUUACGUUUAACACGAUGA